AUGUCGAAUAUUGAUAAGAUUACUUCCCUGAUCGAGCAGGGUCAGGUCGUCCCAGUGAAAACCUUCCUUGCUAGCUCUCCAGCGACACAUGACGAUAAUGCUAUUAUAAUGCUUCUUCACGCGUCCAUCGAAUCCAUGAACCUCGAUAUCAUGCGUUAUCUGCUCGAUACAUACAAACCAAAUAGCAAAUCUGCUCUCUUCCGCGACAAAGUGUCGCUGACAUCAGUGGGUCAUGGGAAAGCCGAAGCAUUUAAGAUCCUGACUGUAUACCACCCAUCCAUCCUAACAUGGCACUUGAGCCAUAUUGGCGAUGCCCUUGGCCAUGCAGUUCUGGCUGAUAACUUCCCAUUGGCACAUUUCAUCCUGGACGAGGCUGGCUGUGAUCCAAAUAAGAGCCAGCUGUGCUAUCGGCCAACAAUUGAACAUACGGCAUAUUGGGGGAAGUACGGAAUGAUGGAGUUGCUGUUAAAGUACGGUGCCCGGAUCAAUGGCACCAAGACACUGUAUGAGGCUAUGCAGAGUGGCAGUGUGGACAUGCUUUCAUUUUUGAUGAGAAACACAGACGGUGAUAUCAACAUGAUCCAGCCAGUUAAAAGGUCUGAAGGGCCUGAAGGGUCUGAAGAGGUUGGACUUACCCCUGGACCAGUGUUGCACCUUGCAGUCCAAACAAGAAAUAAGGCAAUGGUACGUGUUUUGGUCACGGAAUUUGGAGCUGAUCCACUGGUCAAGGAUCAAAGUGGGAAAACAGCUGUGGACUGGGCCCGAUGCAUUGAUGACCCUGCUAUUGGCAGACAGCUUGAUCCAGCAUACAGACCAUGCCAGGUUAUGUGA